UUCCCAUGAUCACAGGAAGGCUACCUAUGCCAGCACUACUGGUCCUUCUACUUCUUGGUUUGUGCACUGUAGCUUCCCACGCUAAGGAUGAUCAUGACUGUGAGCCUUCUUCCUGCGGCGACAUCCACAACAUAAGUUACCCUUUCCGACUCAAUGAUGAUCCAAAGAAGUGUGGUGACCAAAGGUAUUCCCUGUCUUGUGAGAACAAUGUCACUGUAUUACACUCGUAUUCAGGAAAAUACUAUGUGCUUGCCAUCAAUUAUGGAAACUACACAAUCCAAGUUGUGGAUGCCAAUGUUCGGAAGGGUAACUGCUCUUCAAUCCCUCGUAAUUCGUUGGCCAGCUAUAACUUCAGUGAUGAGGAUCCAUACGACAUUCAUACGUUGAAAGGUACCGAUUAUUGGGGGUACACGACGUUGGAACUGUCAAAGCCUAUAAUCUUCAUGACCUGUGAAACUCGGCCGGUGAAUUCGUAUCUCUAUAUGGAUACUGCUCCUUGCAUUAAUGCAACGAGUGGGCAUUCUUUUGUUAUCACUGGAGGCUUAAGUGUCUCGGAUUUGUGGGAUUCAUGUCUCAUAGAGCUGAUGGUCUUGACAUCAUCGUCGAUUGGGACAAAGGACACGAACAGUUCCUACAUAGACAUCCACAACGAGCUGCUCUAUGGUUUUGAACUUUCAUGGGUGCAGAGCUACGGCCGAUCAGGUGAUUAUUGCUAUAUCGAGGGUGAUACCAACGAAGUUUAUUGUUCUGCAGUGGUUUUGUGGACUCCAACAAAAGUGAUAUUCGGAACUCCAUGUGUGGUCGUCCUUUUAAUCUUAAAGUUGAAAAGACGACAUUUAUCAAUGUAUAACGUUAUUGAAGAAUUCUUACAAAGUCACAACAACCUCAUGCCUAUACGGUACUCCUACUCCAACAUCAAGAAGAUUACCAAAGGAUUUAAGGAUAAAUUGGGGGAAGGAGGUUAUGGCUCUGUGUAUAAAGGAAAGCUUCGGAGCGGUCACCUUGUUGCUGUUAAGAUGUUGGGAAAUUCCAAAACUAAUGGGCAAGAUUUUAUGAAUGAAGUUGCUACCAUUGGAAGAAUUCAUCAUGUAAAUGUGGUGCGACUAAUUGGCUAUUGUGCUGAGGGAUCAAAGCGUGCUCUUAUAUACGAGUACAUGUCAAAAGGGUCUCUUGAUAAACACAUAUUUCCUAAGGAAGGAAUCAUCUCCUUAAGUUGCAAGGAAGCAUUUGAAAUUUCCCUAGGAGUGGCUCGUGGUAUUGAUUAUCUGCAUCAAGGAUGUGAUAUGAAAAUUUUGCAUUUCGAUAUCAAGCCACACAACAUUCUUCUUGACGAGAAGUUUGUUCCCAAGAUUUCAGACUUCGGUCUGGCAAGAUUAUGCCGAUCAGAUGAAAGCAGUUUAAUUUUGACCGCAGUAAGAGGAACCUUCGGAUACAUAGCUCCAGAAUUUUUUUACAAGAAUAUUGGAGGUGUGUCAAACAAAGCUGAUAUCUAUAGUUUUGGAAUGUUGUUGAUGGAAAUAGCAGGGAAAAGAAAGAACUUGAAUUCAAAUGCGGUCAAUACGAGCCAAAUUUACUUUCCUUCUUGGGUGUAUAACCAGUUCAAUGAAGAAAAGGAGGUGGAAAUUGAAGAUGCCACGGACGAGGAAAAGAAACUAACAAAGAAAAUGCUCAUGGUAGCAUUGUGGUGUAUACAAAUGAAGCCUAGUGACCGUCCUAAUUCGAUGAACAGAGUAGUAGAGAUGCUUGAAGGAGAAGUUGAAUUCAUUCAAAUGCCUCCCAAACCUUUCCUAUAUCCACAAGACAUGCCAGUAGGAUGA